UGAAAUUGACAUUUCUGUCUCAGUAUAGGCCUGAGGUGAAAAUUGUUCUGUAAAAACGUGUAUAUAUGCAUAUAUAGGGAAUAUUAGAGAAUGGUUAUGGAUUUAAAGAAACUGUUUUUAAUCUGAAGUGGAGGACGUGAAGACCAGUAAAGGGAAAAUGGCAGAGUCCAGAGUUCAUACUCAGUUUAAACUCACCUCAGAAGACCAUGUAAGGGCUGAUGUUGGUGAAGAUGUCACACUCCCCUGUCACCUCUCACCUGAGGCCAGUGAUGUUGCCAUGACGAUCAGGUGGUUUAAAGAGACAGAGUGUAUUUACCUGUAUAAGAAUGGCCAGGUGACAGAGAGGAGUGGCUAUGAGGGCAGAGUGAGUCUGAUCACCCAGGAGCUGGAGAGAGGCAACGUGUCUCUGAGGCUGAAAGACAUCAGGGAGUCAGAUGAUGGAGUCUACAUAUGCCAGGUCAUCCAUGGAGAACAGAAGGAGGAGGAUGCAGUGUGUUUAAGGGUCAGAAGAGACGGUGAGUAAUUACUUAUGUCUUUUUUGUUUAUUGACAACCUAUAACACAAGACAAAGAAAAGACCAGAGUGUUAAUCUGAUACUAUGAAUAAGUACAGGCCUUGUGAACAGCAGUGUGUCUUCUUCAAGGCUACAAAUUAAAUCAGUUUCUUUACAUUUAUCAAUACUCUCCCCAAAUGUUCUCAAAGUAGGUUGGAUUAUGAUAUAUAGAUGUUCUUCAAAUUAUCCUGAAUUUACAU